UUCAGUCGAGCUAGCUCAAUGCAUACGUUCGCACGCUCGACGCGCGUACGCAUUAUCUUCCAUCUGGAGUACGACGGAUCGUGAUGUACCGUUUUCUUCCAUUUUCCUUUUUUUUUGUUCUUUUUUUUAUCCUUUUAAUUAUUCAUCGCAAACGUGAAUGAAUUUAUGUAUUGGGUGCAUAUGUGAACUCUGGAAUUGAGCGGAAGUGAGAAUAUCUAUUAAAUUUAGUGACUCUAAGAGGACAAGAUUUUUAUUGUGAAGGUGAAUCAAAUGUGCCCGAGGAUAAUAAACUAUUUAUGAGAAUUAAUAACUCGUCUGCGAUAGACGGAAAUCUCGAAACGAAAAUACAAAGGAGAGAAAAAAAAGGAAAGCGGAAAUGGUCAACGGGCGCGCUUCUGUGCGCGGCAAUUAUGUUAAGUGGCCAAUUAGCAAUUAAGUAGAGGAACCGAGUGGAGCGCAAAGCGACCCCUUAAUUGUGGCCAAAGCGCUACAGUUCAAGAUUGUUAAGAAAUACUUCAAGGAAACAAAAGUAUAUAAAAAGGUGAUACUGAAUUUCACGUGAAUCUAUGACAAUUGAAUACAAGUCGAUGAAUGAAAAUAUUUUAAACGUAGAUGAAUGUUCGUUAGCAGAGUGAUACCGUCGGCAAAAUUCUGUCACAGAGUGAUAGAAGUACCAGGUUGUCACCGGUGCUCGCCAUGACGGUCCAUCAUCAGAGUCACCACGUUGCCGCGUUAAGUGGCAUAACAGUGCAGGCCGGUAAUGCCGGUGGUGGAUUAAAUCUCAGCCGUAUGACUGGACUUGACAUGCAUCAUCGCUCCAUCGAGAGAAUUGAUAAUAUCGAUAGAUUAACAAAUUCAAAUAAUAAUAGUAGCAACGGUAGCGGCGCUAAUAUCGACAGAUCUGACGUAUCAACGACAAUGCCACACAGAUCGAGAUUUAUGAUAACGGAUAUUCUUGCCGACGCGUCCAGUCCUUCGAGUUUACAAACUCAGGAACCACCCGGCAGUCCCUCAUCCGCGCCCCGUGAUCUCAGUGUCAAACCUUCGAGGCCGAUGAGCCAUAAGAGGCCGAGAGAGGACGAUAGCGAUGCUAGCCACCAAGACGCCGCUUCUAUUUCUUCGAAUGGUGUAAAAGAGGAAGACCCAAAGGAGUCGUCAUCAACGUCAAUGGACUCGCCUCCAAGCAAAAAGCAGCGAAAAGCUCGGACAGCGUUUACCGAUCACCAAUUACAAACCCUGGAGAAGAGUUUUGAGAGGCAAAAAUAUUUGAGCGUCCAGGACAGAAUGGAGCUGGCAGCUAAACUACAACUGACGGACACGCAGGUCAAGACGUGGUACCAAAACAGAAGAACAAAAUGGAAACGUCAGACGAUAGUGAGCUUCGAGAUACUCGCUGAAGCUGGCGGUUAUGUUGCUUUCCAGAGUAUGUAUGGUAAUCGUACUGGUGUACCAGCUCAACCAUCCUAUUGGACGUAUCCAGGUGCCGCGGCACCACCACCCAGUGAACUAUUUUACAGACAGGCAACUGCUGCAGUGACGCUGCAAAAGCCCAUGGCCCAUCGGUUUUAUCCGCCAACAAUGAUGCUAGCUGGCCCCAGUGCACCUCUUGGCAGUCUAGCUGCCAGCUCCAGCCUAUCAAAUCUCAGUAGUUAUUACAAUCGUGAGAGUCCCGAAAUGAUACAGGAGGCGAGGGAGCGAGAGCACUUGGAGAGGAGCCGUAUGCCAAGAGCGAGGAGCAAGAGCCUCGAGAGGACACCACCACCCAGAGACGCCAGUCCACAGAGUACAAGAGUUGAUAGUGAUGAUGAGAGUAUACAUGACAUCUAGGAUUCACCUGAUUCGAUACAAUCUGUGCGAAAUACUUGGGAUGAUCCUAGUGAUGAGCAGUAUGAUGUCGACUGAAUGACAACGAGCUGCUGCACCAGACACCCACCCAGGAAACAGGAAAGAUGAUACCCACCCAUGCUGGUAACCUUUCACGGGAAAAAGGCGGUUUCAUUGUGGAUUCACCCGGGGAGAUCCGUUUUGACAUUCGAGAUUGACGGGAAUAUAUGUAACACGGGGUUUUGAGUGUAUAUGAGCAGGAUGUGACGUGCGGUUAACCGACGCGCUUUUGUCAAUGCUCUGGUGGCUCGUGUCAAUUGUUCUGCUGGAAAAACAAACUCUCAUUUUUGCUUUUUUAAGUAUUUCUCUCUCCCUCAAGCCCUCUUUGUUUGAGAAUAUUGGCUGCAGCAGUGAAAGGGAAAACUGAAAAUCUUCGGAUAGCGCUGUGGCUUUCAUAUAGUUCUAAUUGGACGUGAAUACGUUUAUGAUUUUUUUUUUCACUUCUACCGUAUAUACCAAAUGUAUGUGGGAUUUAUUGAAAUUUUGACAAAUUUUUUUAAGCUAUCUCGCAACAUUUAAAAUUUUCUAAAACUACGACAAUUAACACUCAACCGAAAAACUUUUUCUCAACAUCAUCCCCCAUUUUGGAGUAAAAUCACAAGCGUAUUCACAGCAAGAAUGGCAAGUCAAAUGUUUUUUUUUUUAUUUAUCGAAGUGGAAGAAUGAGAGAUGAGACCCUAUAUAUGGAAUUCUGAGCCAAUUUAUAUAGCAUUAGUGGUAGAUUGCCGUCGGUUUGAAAUGAUAUCAAGGAUUAAAUGACACGAAAUUAUGAGGUUACUUGAUAGCCAGGCGAGUCUCGCGCGAAUAAAGAAACUCAUUCCAAUCAAAAGACUUCCAUUUUUCCAGCAUUCGAUAGAGAGGGAAAAAAAACGUGAGUCAUGGAAAUGUACUAAAUGGAGUAAAGAGAAAUAUGUUGUAUAUAAGUACAUGAUACAACUGUACGAUUAUAGGCUUCGCUAUCAUUCAGUUUUAGAUACAUAAGUAGAUACUUGUAUAUAAACUGAUCACUGUGAGUGAGAAACGAAAGCGUAAGACGUAAACUGUAUGAGGUACGUGAAUGCCAGUGGUAAUAAUGAGAGAGUGUACUUUGGUUAGACGAUUGAGCCAAAGGGAAAUGGGAUUGCGAAUUGAAAAAUAUCUAUUGCAAAGUGUUAUUUUUCACAUUCAGCAGAUUAUACUCCUAUUGGCGUUAUUCUCCAGUCCAACUAUUUCAAUUGAAUUAAAAUAGUUAUUAAUUCGAGUACUAAAUGGUCAUUUGCGAUGAUUUUCUUUUUCAAACGAGAAAUUUACCAGUAUUAUAAAUGUAUAAAACUAGAAUUUACGAUGACAUGUGAAUUUAUGGAGGUGAAAUUGUGUUUAUGCGAGCUAUGAAUUAUUAUUGUGUAAUGAUGAGAUGUGAGAAUUAACAGCAAUCAUCAAUGCAUCGAGUGUGUUCGAAGAAAACAGUUAAAUUAAUGAAAAAAUAUGGACAAUGGAAACAUUACUUCGUCGCCGUGCAAUUAGUGGUAAUUCAUCAGAAGGAGGAAUAUAGCGAACCUAUAUGCUUUGUAUUAUAAUGUCUGUAUAGCAAAAAUUAUUAUAUUGAAAAUAUAUUAUACUAAAUUUA